AUAUAUUGUGCAGGCCUACAUUAGUUCUAUUAUUUUUGAAGUAACGCUGCUCUUACUUGAGUAAAAUUUUGGGGUACUCUACCCAGAGUACCCUAACAUUGAGAUGAUUUGGACUCAGAAAGAAAGAAGUCUAUGGCUUUGUAAUAUAACGGACAGCAGCAUAUAGUGUCAGCUGUUGUCACAUCCAAAACGUGAAGAGUUGUUGUGUAGGCGUCAGGUUUCAGCACGUACACAGCCUAGGGCAAAUGAACAGAACACUGAUGAGGCAGAGGAGACGAAGGCACAGCAUGGGUGAGCAUCCAGAACUCAACAAUACUUAAGUCACUCUUCAAAAACAGCAUAUGAAGAACCUUCCUUUGGAGGGGAGUGAUGGCGGCAACGGACUGCUACAUUGUCCACGAGAUCUACAACGGGGAGAACGCGCAGGACCAGUUCGAGUACGAGCUGGAGCAAGCACUGGAGGCCCAGUACAAAUACAUUGUUAUCGAGCCCACGCGCAUUGGGGAUGAGACGGCGCGGUGGAUUACGGUGGGCAACUGCCUGCACAAGACGGCCGUGUUGUCGGGAGCCGCUUGCCUCCUGACGCCGCUUUCGCUGCCUCCAGAAUACUCGCGCUACGUGGCGCUACCCGCCGGCGCCCUCAGCGUCGCUUGCGCCGCCCUCUACGGGAUUUCCUGGCAGUUUGACCCCUGCUGCAAGUACCAGGUGGAAUAUGACAGCCAAAAACUGUCGCGGCUGCCCCUGCACACGCUCACCUCCUCCACGCCCGUGGUCUUGGUACGCAGGGAUGACAUCCACAGAAAGAGACUCCAUAACACGAUAGCACUGGCCGCGCUGGCGUACUGCGCCAAGAAGAUCUACGAACUCUAUGCUGUAUGAGUGCACUCUGGCGACCAUUUAAGAACCAACGGGGAAAAAAAGGAAAAAUUAAAAAAAAAAACAACAACAACAACAAACCUGUCCACAGUCUUGUGUAAGAAAGGUGGAAGGUUACAAUCGGGCCCACAACACUUGUGGUGGCUGCUCCCAUGUUGAACUUUGAUCAGAGGGAUAUAGUUAAAACUAGAAGGAAGGCUUUUUUUUUUUUUUUCCUCAUGUUUUCUCUAAGUGACAACCACGACACACGCGAUCUCUGUAAUACCCUCGCGCCUCCUUCCCCGCAUUCUGACACAUGAAGUUUGUGUAUAGGAUCCAUCAGAAUAAACGUGGUUGAGAUGGACACAUGUGAUUUGAGCUUUUCCCUUUCACUUGUAGUUUUACUGUACUCCCUUACUUGCUGAUCAGUAAUUCACCUUUCAUUAAACAUUAGGCUAUUUCAAACA